AUGCCGCCGUUGCCGCCGCUGGGAGGUGCGCCGUCGUCCAUGACGGGGUCGACAUCGGGCUCCGCCUCCCCUUCAACACGCUACGGCUCCUUCCCACCGGGCAGUGGCAACAACGCUCACAGAUCGAGCUCUUACGGCGAGGAAGCCCGGGAAGCGUUGCACGAGAUCCUCACCCGCAAGUUGUCACAUCAUCAAUCCGCGGCAUCACUCCAACGGCACCUCGGCCACGGCCACGGAGGAGCCGACGCUCCCAACAGUCCUCCGAACGCUUCCCCUUCCUGGCGCAGUAAGGGCAAGGGCAGGGAAAGAAGACGGUACGAUUCGCACCCGGGGGCCUACUUGCAUCCUGAUGAUCGGACCGAUGGAAUGCACGCCUCGGACGGCGAUUCGACCGCUUCGGACGACGACGAUGCCGGCUCGAACUCCCAUCCGAGGACGAGGUCGGACUCGAUCCCGCGCAAGCCGAGUGCGUUGAGACGCUCCGCCGACCACACCGACAGCGAAGACGACGAAUGUUACAAUAAUCAUGGCGAUGAUGACGAUGACGACGACUUGAUCUGGACGGCGGGCGAGAAUGGGACACCGGAGCGCUUACGGCGGUCCAAGCUUCGAGGCGAGAGUGACGAUCCGCCGAAACAGUGGGGCACGCUCAAGAUGGAGCUCAUGGGCCGCACACGCGGAACCGGCGGCUUGUUCACGAUCUAUGCGGGGUGAGUGCGUACUACACCGGCGUGGAUUGACUCGAAUCUUCUGACGUCGAUGUCGCAUGUCGCAGUGUCUACCUCAUUUCGACCCUCACAAGUCUCGAGGGUCAAACUACGCCGACCAUCGAGCCUUACUUCUUGUCGCUCCUCGGCUCGCAUUCGCUGCUCUCCUCAGUCGUCAUCAUCACCAGUGUCAGUACUUGUGGGUGUUGACUCUUAGUCACUCGAUACUAAUCUCGAUUUGUGGUACCGUUCGUGCAGAUCGCAUUCGCUGUCGGCCUCACCCCUAUGACCAAAAUUCUCGACGUUUUCGGCCGAGCAGAGGGCGUUGCUCUCGCGGCCACGAUCUACUCGCUCGGCUACUUUUUGACUGCCGCCGCGACUUCACCGACGGUGUACAUCGUCGCUCGAGCGUUCUCCGCGCUGGGUGGCCAAGGGCUACAGCUUGCGCAGCAGAUCAUCGUUGCGGGUGAGUGCGAUCCGCGGCUAGUGAAGGGCGUCUCUCGCGCUGACUACCUUCCGGAUGCUGACCUCGACGCCCUCUCACUCGCACUGCAGACACGACCACACUCUCGAAUCGAGGUCUGAUCACCUCGACCAUCUCACUACCUUGGCUCGUCACAACCUGGAUUGGUCCCGCAUUGGCCCAAGUUUUCCUCAGCUUCGGCGAAAAGGGCUACCGCGCCGCAUACGCUUCUUUCGGCCUUUUGUUGCCCCUGGUCUCGGCCAUGCUCUUUUGCACUCUGAUGCUUGAAUGGCGGCGGAUCAAGAAGGAAGCGGCUCUCGUUGGACGGUCCCCUUCGACCAUGUCACUCGGUGUGGGUAUUGGGACGAGGAAGGACAAGAUGCGAGAAGUCGAAGCGGGGAGGAUGAUCAACCCUAGCUCGAAGAGACGGCUGAGUCGGGGUGUUCUCGACCACUUCAACAACAGCAGGCGGAAGCGGCGAGAUACGAGCGCGUGGGGCAAGAUCGCAGAGGUGUGGAAGAAUUUGGACGUCGUCGGCUUGACGGCCUUGACGCUCGGAUGCACGCUCUUUUUGUUGCCCUUGACGCUUGCGGCGCAGCGACCGGAAAGCUGGAACGAUCGUGAGUGCCACGGAAACAUCUUGCCUGAUUCUUCUUUCAGCAGAGCUCGACUGACAUCUCUUUUCCACUUGUUCACCUUCAGCCAAGAUCUGGUUACUCGUUGCGGCUGGUCUCGUCACCCUCGGCUUCUUCUGCUUCUACGAAUUCCGCAUUGCCUCGAUCCCUCUCUUACCGCCACGACUGCUUAGAAAUACGACCAUUGUUGCGGGUUCGGUCUUGGGCUUCUUUCACUUCACGAGGUGAGCUUAAUUAUCGAAGACUGAUCGGAUGCACAGGGCGGCGGGGCUGACGAAGUUGCUCUGAUCGGUGCAGUCAAUUCUUAUACGAGAGCUUCUUCACGUCCUACCUCCAGUGCGUCCCUUACCUUGACGCUGUAUGUUAUCCUAUAGCUGGCCGCUAAGCCCUCUAUCCUCCCUCAGAGUCGCAAGAGGUCAUUCCGCCAAGACCGCAUCCUACAUCGCCCAAUCGUACAUCUUCUCUGCUUGCGUCAGCGCCCUCUUGGCGGGCUGGUUGGCCAAGAUUUCGAACCGGUACAAGUUCAUCGGCGUCAUUGGGGUCAUUGCGCAUGCCGCUGGUGUUUGGUUGAUGAUGCGUGCGAGGGACCUUGAUUCCUCAACGUUUGAGUUGAUCAUGAGUCAGGUAAGAUCAUGACAAUGAUCCGUCAUUCUUGGUCGUUCAAUGGCACUAACUUUGGGUGAGUGCGCUGCGUUAUCAGGUUAUCGGAGGAGCUGGCGGCGGCUGGACCACGAUUGCCGCUCAGAUUGGUGUUCAGUCCGUCGUGGGCCACCAAGGUUAGUUGUGCACCGCAGCGUGCAGCGUUAUUUGCCUUUCGACUGACUCUUAGACCCCCCCUUCACCGGUUCAGAUGUGGGCAUGGCCACCGCCAUUUUCUUGACCAUCACCCAAAUCGGCGGUGCUGUCGGUGGAGCCGGAGCCGGAGCGAUAUGGUCCACCCUUCUCCCCCGCCACCUUCACCAAACCCUUCCCUCCCCUACAUCCGACCUCAUUUCCAAAAUUAUGGGCUCCCUCCCUUUCGCCAUGUCCUUCCCCGUCGGUAGUCAAGAAAGGAUCGCGAUCCAACGGUCCUACACCGAGACGCAGAAGGUGUUGAAUUGGUUGGCGUUGGUGACGCUCAUCCCUGCGCUUGUCGCGGUGUUGAGUAUGAAGAACGUCAAUCUCGAGAAGGAUGAUCGAGGACAAGGGGAGGGUGUGGUCGUUUUGGGGAGGGCGAGUUUUCUGGGUGAGUUCAAGUGUUGGGCGGGCAAGGUUUUUGACGAUGAUGCGUUGCUGAUCUUCCUUGCAACCCUUUCCGCCCAUUUCAAAAAACAGUCUCGGCGGAUGAGAUCCACGUCGACAGCGAAACAUCCUCGCUGCUCGGUGGCGCGUCCGAUGCGACCCGCAGCGAACCAUGA